GGGGACAAGUUUGUGGCCUGCUAGGGAGCAGAGGAUGGGUGGUUGGAGGGAGAAGUUCGAGAAUUCUUUGAAGAGGCUUCGGGAGUCGGGCUUUGAGGGUGCCGAGGAAUAUACGUGGUAUGUCUUUUAUUUUCCUUUGUUAAAAAUAGAAAGUUCGUUUGCAAGUUACUUAUAUGUAUGGCAGGGAUUUGUAUCUCUGGGCAUUAACAAUAAUCACCUCACGGGCCUUCUCUGCCAAGGUUCUAUCUGGGGUAAUUGCGGACUCGGAACUGCCUGAGACCAAAGUGUCUGUUUUGCUGCCCCUGAUUGACCUUCCAAACCAUAGGCCACUUGCUAAGGUCGAAUGGCGAGCUGGUGAAGCGGAUGUUGGCUUCGUGGUGUUGGAGGAUGUGAUUCCAGGGCAGGAGAUUGCGAAUAAUUAUGGACCGCGGAAUAAUGAACAGUUGAUGAUGAACUACGGCUUCUGCCUUCCAGACAACUCCUGUGACUACCGCAUCGUUAGCUUGCGGACACCACCUGGAAGCCCACUUCAUGAGGCCAAAAUCCAGCAGUUCCAGAUGUAUCCUGAGUUGUCCAAGGAUGCAGAGGAUCAUUAUUAUGUGUUCAACAUCUUUUACCCUCAUCUCCCCCGGGAAUCCUGCAUGGAAAACACAAUCUUCUCCCCAGCCCUCUUCAAUGCUGUCUCCGUUCUGGCGGCAAAUGGCAGAGAGCUGGAAACACUAGAGAUCUCUGAACAAGGGAUCAGAAUUCCCGACGCCUACGGGAACUCGCGUAAUGUCCUUGCUGCAGUGAGCCAGAUUCUCAUCGAGCUCUUUACCCAUAUUGUGAAGUUGAAAGCAUCGGGCCAGGGCCAGCAACAUCCGGCCAAUCUGAAACAAACAAAUGCCAAAGUCUAUCGAGAAAGUCAGAUUAUGCUAUCCGAGACGGCACUUAUAAUUGCCGCAUGGACGCUGGCUCGUGCUCGGCAACAUGGUCUGAAUGACAGCUGGGAGCAAACUAAAGAGCUUCUCAACUCUCACAUUUCACGUGUACCAGCGGGCAAGUUUCCCGAAGAGGUUACAUCCAGGAUCAAGGUCAGAAUUCUGGAGCGUAGAUCCCUUCUCGAACACGGCGGGGAACUGUUUGAAUUCGGCGACUUGUUCGGCCUCCUCCCCGCCGAAAUACAGGAAGGCUGCAGAACAUGCUUGCGCAAUAUCUCUGUGCAUGCAGAGAACGCCAUUCCCGUGUUGAAAGCAAACCCUGAAGUGUCACCAUUUGCGUUCCCGUUAUUCCUAUGUCUUGUCACAGCUUCUUACCGGGCCAAGGCUUCAUCUCCCGAACAACUUCGACUGUCCCCCCGGUUGGAGAAAUGGGCCGGCUUCCUUCUUGACAAAUAUCCACCACCGCCGGGCGAUAUGGCUUGGAUGUUGGAGGACGAAGACGACGAAGCUCUCGUCAGUUCGUUUGAUGACUGCCUCAAGACCGUGAGAGACCGUAACCCCGAUUUCUUCUCGGGCCUGGCAAAAUUUACAGGACCCCAGCAAGGGGACAACUGGUGGCUCUCUCCCAACUGGAUCCGGUGGGCAUGGAUGGUCGUGGAGCAGGAGUCAGUACAAGCGCCGGACGAUCCGAUGAAGCUGCUGGCAGUAGAUGGGGUUGGAAGGGACGCUGUGAUGCUGUCUACAGUGACAUAUCUUUACGUUCCGCAACAUGCUGAUGGCUGAUGGGGUAGAUAGAGCAGACAUACUGUAGGUAUAAUAGAGUACAGAACUGCUACAAGUAUCUACUGUUGUUAUGCCUAGUAAAAAUGGC